UACAUGAUCUGAUUGGUUUGUGUCAAACAAAGAACAAAGAACUUAUGUUCAAAAUAUAUGCAAAAAUUAGAGUUUUAAGCGAACGAUAGUUUAGGAAAAUAUAUAUGGGGUUAAAUGAAUUUUAGUAUCAACAAAUUCAAAGGGUUCAGGAUUGAAUCUCAUACGGCCGGCGGCUCAGGUUGAUGAUGAUUAAAUGUGGAUCCUCAUAAAACAUGUAGAAUUAUCGGUUGUAAUAUCGUCUAUGAUUCUUCUAAUUUGUAAUAGUAUAUUUGACAAAAUAAAAUAUGAUGUAAAAGUGAGUUUGAAUACAUAAAGUAUGAAUUAGUUAGUUUCCUCCUCCUGUGGUGUUUUUUUUACCAAAACUCAUGCGUUAUAGGAGACUCUCUAUAACAAUAUAAAUAGGAAAUUAUGAUGUUGCAUAUCUUUUUUAACACUGGAUAAUUAUGAUAUUAUAAAUUAUGAAAAAUAUUAUUUUACGUUCAACGAUUCUAGCUUUGUUAUAUAUGAGGGUUCACGUCUAACUGUAUCACAUUAGCCGUCCUAUGAAAUUUACGUUUAACGAUAUUCCUUUCACCAUGCUACAUAUUUCUUUUUGUUUUUGUUUUUAAUUUAUUAGAAGGUUUGGUCCGAAGCUCUAAUAUUCCAAAACCCGAAACUACAUCAUAUAAUAUUAGUUUUGUCCCAAGGAGAUUAUUCAAACUGAGAACCUUUGACACAAUGACCAGAAUUCUUUCUAAUUGAACUAAUGAUCUAUGGUAAUGCUACAGAUCUCAAAAUCCAUACAUCCUGAUGUAUAUCUUUAUUGCUAUUUGACAUAGAUUAUGGUUUCCAAGUAACAACCGUAAAGUUAAACUGUUCUUAGCAAACAAAAAAAGGAAGGCCAAUAUUCUUCAGCUGAAACAUACAAGCAGAAAAACAAAUAUAAUCAAAACAUUGUAUAUAUCUGUAAAGAGAAAUAUGUAACUAAUAAAACUAACAUGUAGAUAAUUAUGUUGUAUAUCUUUGUUGUAACCAAGCUUGGAAAACAAAACAAGGAAGGCUUGGCCGGAUACUAUUCUUCAGCUGAAACAUGCAAGAAGAAAAACAAAUAUGAUUAAAACAUUGUAUUUUGGAAGAGAAAUACGUAACCAAAAUUUACAUUUAGAUUACAAAGAAAUGAAUAUGAAAUCUGAGAAUAUAUAAAAAUUAAUGUUUCAUAAAUCAUUAAGUGGCAGCUAAGCCUUUUUAUAAGAGAUUGUUGAUUAGACGGAUGUCUAAAUUAAUUCUUUUAGCAUAAAAAAAUUAUUUAGUCGAAGUCAGAUUUCCAGAUUAAGCAUACUCCUAGACCGAUUUAAGAACACUGGUAAAAAUACUCAUAUAGUGAAUAUAAUACACAAAUGACAAACGAUUCGGCUAAACUAAUUAUAGGUGGUGUUAAGAAAUUCACAUAAAUUAAAAAUAAUAUUUAUAUCCAAAAUAUUUUUUUUACUUUAUAUAUAUUAAGGAUAUUUGAAAGAUUGAGUGAAUAAUUAUAAUAUUUUAAAAUUAAUAAUUACAGAAUUAUCUAAUUUAGUUUGUGAAUAAUUAUUUACUUUUUAAAAAGUUUGUUUCCUUCAUAUAAUAUUAUACAUAUCUUUUGUUUAGUUUUUGAAAGAUUUUUUUUUUAAAUUCCAAAUUUGUUUAAAUUUCUAUCUUUAUGUUAAUAUUAGUGGUAAAAUUUUUUAAUAUUUAAUUUUAGUUGAUAUACUUAAUAUAUACGUCUACAAUCAUGCCAAUUACUUGACACCACGUAUGACCUUAUGUUAUUUACUUACUUCUUACGUAAUAAGAUAAGGUUGUAAUAAACACUACAUUUGACUUCCGGGUUACCAAAAUAGCACGAGGGGAAGAAACCCUCCUCUUCAUCAAUAGCUACUUCUCGACCUUUUUUUUUUGUUUAAGGAGAGAUCUUGUCUGACUUCUAAGGCUCUAAGACUUUUGGUCCAGUUGUUUGGUACGUAAAACUAGGUUCUCUUUUUUAUCUUUUAGUAUUGGAUUUGAUACGACGUUUUCAUUGUUUAAUGGCAAAUCUCAUUUCUGUAGUAAAUUCGGAUCGGUUUUGGAUCGUAGAGUGUUAAGAUAUAAACCAUCUGUGCUCGAUAUGUUUACAACUUUAGUAAAACCCUAAGAAUUCUAUUUAUUUAUUUUCAGAUUCUUUAAUCGCAGCUUAUCAUCAACAACCAUGCUACAAUCUGCAAUAAAAAAGAAGACAUCAUCAUCAUCAUCAUCAUCAUCAUCAUCAUCCGUUUCCAUGAUGCCAGACUGGUCUCGUCUGCCAGAGGAGCUACUGCACAUUAUAUCCGAGAAUGUGGAGGACUGUUUCGAUAUUGUUCAUGCUCGUUCUGUUUCCAACUCGUGGCGAUCCACAUUUUCCUUUCCUUGCAUGUUACGCCGCCAAAGUUACUCUCUUCCUUCCUUCGUCAACUUCCCUAGCGAAAGCAAAGGCUUGUGCACCCUUGAGAAGAUCCCUUUGUUCCUCUUUCGAGUCCAAACUCCUCCUCCUGCCUCGGCUUCUGAGUAUUUGCUAGGAGGGAUAGGCCGAGAUGAGUCAGAGGAUCUGACAGAGCUUCCAUCUCCUGUUCAGUGUUCAGUGAAAGUGAAGAUCCCAGGAUACGAGCCAACUUUGAUGAACAUGCGUGACGGCCAGAUCUUCCCUCUUGGCCAUCAGUACAGAAUCAGUUGUGAUUCUAAAGACUACAGAAGCGUAGCUUUUCUUCAGCUAAACCAGGAGGGAAGAGAAGAAUUCAUUGUGCUUCUCGGCUUCAGUAGCUUUUUUUUGGGGUUAAGAAGUUCUGAAAUGAAGUGGAAGCUGGUUAUGGGAUUCAGAACUCCUUUAUCUGACGAUAUAGUAACUUUCAGACGCAGGUUUUAUGUAACCGUUCGUGAUACGAGUUUGACUAAGAUCUAUACUUUCAGGAUAGAUCCUUUCUCGUUGCGCAUGACUCGCUUGAUGCCCCUGAAUAAUGUGGGCUCGCUAAAAUAUCUGGUGCCAUGUGGCAAUGAUGACGAACUUUUCAUGGUUGAGAAAUUCCUCUCUUUUUAUAAUAAUGUAAUAGAUUUUUCUCGGUUUACAUGCAAAGUGAGUAGGCUACAUGAGGAAAGUGAUCUAUGGGUUGAGGUCAGUGACUUAGGAGACCGUGUGUUAUUUAUAAGACAGCAGGGAAAUGUCUCAUGCUCGGCUAAGGAGCUUCCUGAUGGUUGUGGUGUGAGUGGGAACUCAAUUCUGUUCACAAAUGAGCUAGACAAUGGAACAUACGUCUAUAAAUAUGGAGUGGAUACAGGAAGAGGGGAAGAUGAUAUCAACUGUUGGAAUUUCUCAGGAGAGAAUCGUGUGACUAUCCUCAGUACAUCUCCCGUGGUGAGUUUCCGUGUUGAACACUAAGCGGGUAGAAAUUUUACAUUGGACUUCGUCAUAUGUUGGUGUUGUUUUUUAUUUGUUGAAAACAAUGUUUUUUUUAUUGGACUUAGUCAUCUGUUGGUUUUGUUUUUAAUAAUUAAGGUUAAUUUUUUCAUGAUUCUUGUUUUAGUAUAUUUUACUAUUUUAGUUCUAAACGUUAGGGCAGGACGUCGAUACUUGUUACUUGGUUUAUAUGUGCUACUUGAUUUGUACCCUUGAAAAAUUAAGUGUUCGGCGUUGUUAAUUCAAGAAACAAGUCCACAAAGUUUAAUAUAUGCAAAAAUAAAUCAAGUAUCACGACUUUUUCAAAUGAUCGGCCCGUUAUUUGUUUUAUUAGUUGGCGUUGUUGUUGGCUCUAAAAAUAUGUAUUACCCAUUAAAAUAAUUUUUUUACUACUGCACUAUAAUAAAAAUCAAAAAGAAUAUUAGUUUUAGAUAUUUAAUGACACACUACAGAAAAUUACUUGAACGAACUAGAUAGAGUAGCAAGUAUAUGAAAAUAAAAGUAUUUAUUCCAAAUUUAAAUAUACUUAUAAGUUUUCGUACAUUUCAUAUUAAAAUUUUAAAUUAAAAUAUCAAAUAUUACCAAACAACUUCCAAAUAUUUUAAAAUAUAGACAAGUGCUUGACUAACAAAGUACUUGAUUGGAUCUA